AUGCGUGCGAAAAAAGAUCGGCAAAUUCUUUCGACAGAUUUAUCGCUUACACCGUCGACUGAACUUAAAGUAGGUGAAACUUUUGUUGUUUUGCGUAGAGCACCAAAUAAAGAUGGCGUAUCCGAUGAACGAUGCGUUGCAACAAUUGUUGAAAUCAGGAACGACGAGAACGAGGAUGAGGCAUCAGAUUUCUUUGAACCACCGAGAAAGAAACUACGGCACUCCUGUUCAAAUGAUCCUGUUCUAGAUGGAGAAGUGCAGAAACUUGUAGAUUAUCUUAUUAGUGAAAUAUGUCAGGGUGUCAGUGAAGAAGUUUCUAAUAUUCUUCCAACAAGCAGACCUAAAAAAAUUUAUUAUGUUCAUUACGAUGGGAUGGAUCGCCGCUUAGACGAAUGGGUUGAGAGGGAAAGGAUCAUAGAAAGGGCGAAGCUCGGCGCGAUUACUCCGUCGAUUUUGGUUGACUACUUUUUAAUGACUGAUUUUUUUACAGUACCACCUGCACUAGCUAGCGCUUUGGAAGGAACAUUGACGCGUAGUCAGAGAAGGAUCCACGAAGAAUUUAAUCAUGUACAGAAGAGCUAUGCUGAUAUGGAUGCAACAACAGCAAAGUUAGAGAAGGAACACGCUGAGAUGACUAAAGUUAAGAAUAUCGAGAUUAUUCGGUACGGUAAUUAUGAGAUCGAAGCAUGGUACGUAUCUCCAUACCCGGAGAAAUAUAGCAAGUUAAAAAAGCUUUGGAUUUGCGAAUAUUGCAUGGCUUAUAUGAAAGAUGAACGAGAAUAUUUGUGUCACAUGGGAAGUUUUGAUACGCGUUAUCUGAAUCUGUUGAAG